GGCAGUUCACUCACAGCUAAAGUCUAACUGCCGACCAAGGUUUGGACCUACCAAGUGGACCCGCAAACCCCUGCGGCUUUAUAUAACCCCCAACCCCCGCCUCCCCUCCCUGAGUCGAGGGUGCAGGGGGAUGUUUCUGACUCUCUCUCUGCUGGCCGGUGAAGACAGCCUCGUUGCUCUGCUCCCAGGACUUUGGAAAUGAAACCAUUAUUAAUCAUCGGACUGCUCCUGUCGGCUUGCUGUGAUAUUCUUUGUGAUAAGUGGUCAGUGGACGCCCCCCGGGAUGUCAAGGGAGUUGAAGGUUCCUGUCUGGUGAUCCCAUGCACAUUCCAGUAUGCAAUCCAACGCCACAGUGACACCCUGGUGAGGAUCGCCUGGUUACACGAAGACAAGAUCCAUGGAAACCAAGUGAUCAACUCCAGUGGGCCCUCAGACCCGCAGUUCCAGGGUCGUACAAAGUUCCUCGGCGAUUGGAAGAAUAAUAGAGAUUGUACCUUGCAAAUAGACAACUUGCAGCAGAUGGACCAAGGGCUGUAUCAUUUCCGAAUGGAAGUCAGUUAUGGACAUAAGUAUUCCGACCCAGUUGGAGUCACCAUUGAAAUAGCCAAUGCGUCUAGUAUGAUAUCCAUAUCACCAAUGACUGAGAUCAAGGAGGGAAAGGAGGUGACCAUUGUUUGCUCGGUGAAGUUUUUGUGUCCUGGGUUCCUCCAAUGGUCCAAUUUCGAAGGCUUAAACAAAUCCACAACCUCAAAUAUCAGUGAGACUAAACUAAAUGGAUGGACUUCCGGAUGCGGGCUGAGUUUCAUCCCUUCGUACAAGGAUAAUGAGCGGACACUGAGUUGUGGAAUUCGAACAGCAAAAGGAGAAGUUCAGCAAAAGAUUUUCACCUUAAACGUGCAAUAUGCCCCAAAGCUGGUUUACAUUGAGUCUUCUCACUAUUCACCAACGUCUGACCCACGCAGUGUGAGUUUAACGUGUAUGGUCACAAGCAGUAACCCUCCGGUAUCAAAUUACGCAUGGAAGCGUGUGACUGCCCGCGGUGUCCUCACGUUAAGACCGAGCAAAACAUUGAGCAAUCUUCAAGACCGUGAUACCUAUCGCUGUGAAGCAUCUAAUUCAGUUGGACGAACCACCUCUGAUGACGUCAGCAUCGUAACAUUACGUAACAACAACUGGGGGGUGUGGAGUCCGCUCGUGCUGAAGGUUUGGGAAGGCUCAUGCGUGAUCAUCCCAUGUCAGUUCAGCUACCCGGAAACAGAGCAGCGCGCCACUCAGAAGAUUGGAAUGUGGCUAAAAGGGAACAAUUACGAUGGAAUUAAAGUCUUUCACAACAAGGAGAGCAACAAUGUCACCUACAGGCAGCGGGUGGAGUUCCUUGGAAGCAUGAACAACAAAAACUGCACUUUGAAGAUAAAUAACUUGACGGCCAACGACAAUGGGAAAUAUUACUUCCGGAUUGAAAUGAGCAGUGAUAAGUGGUCACAGAAAUCAGGCAGCAGGCUUCUGGUAUCUGAGACCCCUGAGAAACCCGUGAUCUCACCCAUGGAGGGUUUGGUUGAGGAAAAAGUUGCCGAACUGACGUGUUCUUUUGAGACCUUCUGUCCUGAAGAUGCCCCUGUCCUGAACUGGACCAUCCCAUUCAACAAUUACCCAACUGUAACCAAGCAUUCCUACAGGGAUAACGUGUGGACUCAUUCCAGCCGUGUGACUUUUACCCCGAGGUUUGAGGAUCUGGAUCAGCCUCUGAGAUGCACGGCUCUAUUUAGACACAUGGGGAUUUCGGCAUGGAGUGAAAUCCAGCUCCAGCUUCAGUAUAAACCUCGGUACAUCGAAACCUCACUGACCGUAAACGGUGCAGCCGACACUCACACAAUGAAAGAAGGAGACUCUGUCACUGUAAAGUGCAAAGCUCUCACCAGUAACCCCACAGUCCACGAUUACACCUGGUUCAAGAAGGGAACUGAUGUUUCGAUUUGGUCUGGUCAGACCCUGGAAUUCCGUCGAAUCUCCUACACAGACUAUGGGGCAUAUUACUGCAAGGCUUCCAAUCGCAUUGGGAGUGCCGUUUCCGAGGACAUCCAGCUUCAGGGCCAGUACGCUCCCAGAGAUUUCAGCAUUUUCGACAAUGCCAAUGGUGAAAAGGUCACUGGUUCAAUUGGCGUCAGAGAGAAGAGCAAGGUGAAUAUUACCUGCGUCAGCGCCAAGAGUGACCCAGCAGUCCAGACUUACAGAUGGUUCAAGGUGGGAGACACACGUUACAGGAGCGAUAAUCAGAUACUGCUCCUUGACAGCAUCACCAAACAAGACGCGGGCGAAUACAACUGCGAGGCAGCGAAUGAAGUUGGAAAACAGAGGUCAAACAGCGUCACCAUCAAUGUCGAUCACGCUCCCACCAACGUGAGAGUCGAUUCUUUGGAUACCGUUAAAGAUGGAGGAUAUGUGGAUUUCUACUGUCAAUCCGAUGCCUAUCCUCCAUCAUUUUCAUUCCAAUGGAAAAAGGAAUGUGAUGGGUUUUCAUCAAAUGCAUGUGGAGAUACCUCUCAUUGUCGACUGAGAGUCUCAGUGAAAGAUGUUUCCUGCAACUAUUACUGUACAGCAAGGAAUAGGAUUGGUGAAAUGAAAUCUCAACCCAGACAACUGAAUGUACAAUACAAGCCAAGAAAUGUGAAGAUUGUUUCUAAAGAUACAGCUCAGGACGGAGAGAACGUUCCUCUCAGAUGUGAAAGCGAUGCCAACCCUGUUGCCUCUAUCAUCCACUGGAGCAAGCGAUGCAGCGGGAACGACAAACAGCUCCCAGAAAAAUCCCCCACCAUUUGGAUUCAAAUUAUCAGUGUCGAUGAGUUUUGCGAAUAUUUCUGUAGAGCAGAGAAUGACCUUGGGGUGCAGGAGUCUCAGUCCAAAAGCAUUGCUGUACAAUAUGGUCCACAGAAUGUAAGCGUUGUGUGCAGUGAGUGGACGGGGCAGGUGAAGGAAGGGGCCCAGGUUACUUUGACGUGUCACUCCAGGAGCAACCCGAAACCUCAGUACAUCUGGUACAAGGACAGCAGGGACAGCAGCAUCGAAGAAAGUAUGAGCAACAUCCUGGUGAUUGAGCAUGUCAGUCUGACAGACUCUGGAAAAUAUUCAUGUAAGGUGGAGAACUCAAUGGGCAGUAUCACCUCCGCACCCAUUCAGAUCGAGGUGUUAUAUGCCCCGAGAAACAUCAAGGUAUUGGCUUCGCCGGAAAGAGAUGUGAUUUGGGAAGGUGACAACAUCACCUUGGUGUGCAACAGUGAAAGCAACCCCCCUGUCAGCUCGUACAAGUGGUCUUGGAAUUAUGGAGGUGAAACAGUCACUCUGCCGUCGUCCGAGAGAAACCUGACCUUGUCGCAAGUCACUGCCGAAAACGAGGGCCUGUACUUCUGUGAGGCCACAAACCCAGUCGGCUUCCAGCCAUCCAAGGGACACAGGAUCGAGGUUCACAAAAGUCACAUCAAAGUGGUAAUCAUUAUUCUCAGCGUGCUGUUGUUCAUCUUACUUAUUGUGGCUUCUGCAAUCGUAAUUUGCAGACGGAGGAAAAGCUACGGAGAUUCUCUCAGUCAGCAGCACAUCGAUGUCACUAACACCGUCUACAGUGCGGUCACAAAACGCAGCAAGUCAAGGGAGCCGAUGGUCUAUGAAAACGUGGUGAUGACAGGGAGCUUGGAGAAUCCAUUGGCUACGCCCUACAGAGAUAACGUAGAGUACGCCUCUGUCAACUUCACAUACCAACAACCGGGGGACCAGCAGCAACACAGGCAAGCAGCUCGGAAGAAAAGGAACAAAGAACAGAAAGUGAAGUGUGACGAUGAUCCAAGCGUGAUUUACAGCCUGGUGCAGAAAGACCCACUGUCGCCGAAGCAGCAAUCGAACGACGAUUAUGAAAACGUGGGCAACCUGUACAAAGAUGCGGCUGACUCGAGCGAGGACGAGGUUAACUACACCUCCAUCUCUCACAUUAGCAGGCCUGGUAAACACAUUCGCCGACAGGACUCGGAGGAGAGCAUCGAGUAUUCUGACAUCAGGUUUUAAUGCAUUGAGUUCUAUCAGUUGAGGGGUAAUGAACGGCCUUUCCCCGGGAUGAAGAGUUGCAGCAAAACAUACCCUCCACCUUCAGGAAGCAAUAGCAACAAGAAAACAAAGUGGAAUAUUUAAGACUUCAUUUGGAAGGCCUCUGAUUUCCUAGAACGAUUGCCAAAUGACUGACUUGCACUGAAGAUAUGGUUGUCAUUUCUGUCCAAUUAAGGCUUCACUGGGAGCACUGUGCACAGUUCCAGUCUCCAUAUCCCUCGGUUAGACCACACUGGGAGCACUGUGCACAGUUCCAGUCUCCAUAUCCCUUGGUUAGACCACACUGGGAGCACUGUGCACAGU